UGUGACUGUUACAGCUGUCUUCUGUCUCAUUUUACAUUACAACAAAUGGUGAAGUGACUUUUUAGCUAUUAAAAAACAGAAGAAACUUUUUAAAUUUUAGAUGAACAGUCGCUGAUUAAAAUGGUUCCGUUAUGUUAUUGGAAUGCACACUACAUAAACGUCGGCAUGUUUGUUUAACUAUUUCUCGAAUAAGUGGACGCUCACUCACACCAAAUCCAUUAAAAAAAGUGGCUACUUUCAAACAAUGAAUUCUAAAGAGUGGUAGACAGAUAUGAUUCCGGUAACACAGUGAGAGUGACAUUAAUGUUCGAGGUAUUUACUUUUUCAAACAUUACAUUCUGGUAAAAGUUUAUUUGUUUACGUUUAUGCUAUGUUGAAUUCACAAGUAAAAGUGAAACCAUAUUGUCCAGGCGGUUAUGUAUUCACGUUCAGUUUUCCCCUCCUCCAAAAUCUGUGACAUUAAUUUGAGAGCAGGUUCAUGAAAAGAGUUUUGAAUAUUGUGUAUGAGUAUGGAUAUGGGUCUAGUGCCAGUUUAUAUCAAAAUUGUGUCAGUGCAACCUCUCACCAGUAGCUACUCUUAAUACCUCUGUCACUAUCCCAGUUUACAUGCAGUGCAAGAAAAUCGAAUAACUGUUCUUUUCCUCCACACUAGGUGGCGAUAGUACUUUUUUUUCUCGUACGUAAUGUUCGCGCUACUUCUGGUGCACAUACGUUGCGCGAUAUCCUUCAAACUGUUCUUCUAGCGGCUCCGUUUAGCUUCUCCUUCUUCUUCUGCGACUGGCUUUCUCAUCCUCAUGUUCACUGUCAGUUAGCAGAAGACAAAAUGCAAAUAUAAAGCAUUAAGAGGCUCAGCACCAGGAUGGCUCCACGUAUGGAUGAUGUGAUGCGUUUGUGUUGUGAAUUAUCAACUCACAAUGAGGUCAAGGUCGCUGUGAAAAACUCUGCCAAAGGAGCAGCGGUGGCGGGAGGAAGUGCCUUUGUAGGCGGCCUGCUCGGUGGACCUCCGGGGAUUGCUGUUGGUGGAGUAGUGGGUGGCUUCUUGGGCAGCUGGCUGACUAGCGGUCAGUUUCGUCCUCUGCCUCAGAUCCUGAUGGAGUUGCCGCCGGCUGAGAAGCAGAAGCUCUACAGGGACAUCACUGCUGUCUUAGGCAACCUGGACUGGACAGAUGUGGCUCAGCUCAUUGCACUUGUGAUGGGCAAUGCCACUCUCCAGCAGCAGGUCACUGCGGCACUGCUGAACUAUGUAGCCAAGGAGCUCAAAGCAGAAGUGCGUUAUAAAGACUGAGUUACGGCUCCACUUGGACUUUUCCAGACUGCCAAACACAAACAGAGUCCCAUAUGGUGUGUUCUGCACAAAGCUCAAGGACCUGUGAAUUAUGGGGUUUCACUUUCAUAAAUGCAUUACAAGUUCUAUCUCUCCAAACUAGGGACAAAUGUUUCUGAAUAAUGUGUGGACAUCGACCUUAGCACAAAUAAUGUUUUUCUGUAGUGGACUGAUAUCAUUGUCAGUUUUCUUCUGGGCUUUGUAAACUAAACAAACCACUCCUCGUGCCUAGAGAGUAAUUUAUAAUUAAUAUUGUCAUCUCCUUAUUUUCACACUCUGUAUCAGGGUCCUUAUCAAGGUCACCAACACACACAUAUAUAUGUGUGUGUGUAAAAUAAACAUUUGAACUGUG